GACUGCGGCGGCCGCCCCGCCCCCUGGCUCACGCCGCCGGAGCCGCGGCAGAAGCGACCCCGGCAGUCCCUUUCCUCCAGGUGCCGGGACCCCUGCGGGGCUGGGGUUUCCCUUCCUGCCUUGUUUCUCUCUGCCGCCCUCCCCAACCCGUCCCCGGGCCAUGGCCCAGCAUUUCUCCCUAGCCGACUGCGACGCGGUCGGCUUUGACCUCGACCACACUCUGUGUCACUACAACCUGCUGGAGAGCGCCCAGCUUAUCUAUGAUAGCUUUGCUCAAUAUUUGGUAUUAGAGAAGGGAUAUGAUAAAGAAUUGCUAACUGUACCUCCAGAGAGCUGGGAUUUUUGCUGCAAGGGCUUGGCAUUAGAUCUGGAAAAAGGAAACUUUAUUAAACUUGCAGUUGAUGGAACAGUUCUGAAGGCAAGCCACGGCACCAAAAUGAUGACUUCUGAAGAGCUUAUGAGAAUAUAUGGAAAGAAGAAGUGGAAAUACUUUCCAGAGUUUUUAGUGGCUUCUCGCUCAGCAAAAUAUUAUUUCUAUGACAACUAUUUUGACCUUCCUGGAGCCCUUCUUUGUGCCAGGAUUGUGGAUUGCUUAACCAGGAAAAGUAACAUGGAAACAUUUGAUUUUUGGAAGGAUAUUCUUGCAAGUAUACACCAUAAUUAUAAAACAACAGCUUUUAAAGAAAAUGCUGGAAUGUAUUUCCCAGGAAUCAAAAGUGAUCCAGGAAGAUAUUUGUUGCCUUGUCCAGGAUCAGUGAAAAAGUGGCUUCGUCAGCUAAAGAAUGCUGGAAAAGUUCUCUUUAUAAUGACCAAUUCACACAGUGACUACUGCAGACUUCUCUGUGAGUACGUUAUUGGGAAUGAUUUUACAGAUAUUUUUGAUAUUGUGAUUUCAAAUGCUUUGAAGCCUGGUUUCUUCUCCCAUCAACCAAAUAAGAGACUAUUUCAAACACUUGAGAAUGAUGAAGAACAAGAUACUCUUCCCUCUCUAGACAAGCCUGGCUGGUAUUCCCAAGGAAAUUCUGACCAUUUGUAUGAAUUUCUCAAGAAAAUGACUGGCAAAGAACAACCCAAGGUUGUUUAUUUUGGUGACAGCAUUCAUUCAGAUAUUUUCCCAGCCUAUCACUAUAGUAACUGGGAGACAGUCCUCAUCUUAGAAGAGCUCAGAGAGAAUGAAGGCAUGGCAUCUGAAAAAAAUGAAUCUGAACCCUUGGAGAAGAAAGGAAAGUAUGAGGGACAGCUGAAAAAGCCUUUAAAUUCAUUUUCUAAAAAAUGGGGUUCCCUCUUUGUUGAUGACCAUCUGGAACUGGAAAACGUUGAGACUUCAUUGAUAAUCUCAUGGCUUUGUCAUCGAAUUCAUAAAAGCAGCACAAUUGUUAUUCCAAGUCUGGAAGCUAUAGCAGAUUUACCCUUGGACUACAAAUUUACCAGAUUUUCUGAUAAUUCAAAAACUGGUGGUUAUUAUCCCAAACCCCCAUUGGCCUUAUUAUCAAAUGAAGAGUCAUUGACUACAAAAUAACUUUUCCAUUUUUCCUGAAAAAAUGAUAGAAAAUCAGUGCUAUCUGAAUGGUAACUUGUGAUGAAAAACACCUAGCACUUGAUGUAAGUUUUAUCUAUAGCUAAAUACAAAGAGCCAUCAUUUGUUCUUGGAACUCCUUUUUGUAUUGCCUAUGUUGGCUUGAAAACGUUCAUUGCAUUAAUUAUUUUUUCAUUUGUAUUAACUAUUUUACCUGAUGGUAUUGUUCUGUCUCAAAUUCAAUUGCUUUAAAUUAUUUUACUAUUAAUUCUACAAUCAAGAUACUUGUGUCCUAUGUUCUGUUGAUACUUUAUUUCAUAACAAUUGUUCUUUGUUACAAGAUUAUUAGACCAGAACCAAGAACUUAAAUGGGAAUUUGCAUUUUAUUUCCUGAUUGCUGCUUACACAGCAUGUUAAUUCUUGCCCAUCAAAGACAAGGAUCUAGUGCUCAGGUUGAAAAAUAUUGGCAGCUUACAUUGAUCUGCUAAAGUUAUAGCAAGGAGUUUAGAGUCAGAGAAGUCAUACAGUGAAAACAAUUAAAAGAUGAGUAUCUUUUUAGUUAAACAAAAUAUUCAAACCUCAAGCACACUUAGGACAGGGGAAGAAAUGUAACUCAGGGCUGUUAUAGAAUUUUAACAGCUUUCAUCUAAGAAUUAUUUGCUCAGUUUAUUAGAAGCUCACUUUGAUAGUUAUAGCUAUAGAAUGAUAUUUUCACACCUGCAUCUCAGUGGAAAAGUUUCACAAUUAUUGACCAUCACAAGGAAAACCAAAAAUAUAUUUUCAGUUUUACUAAACAAUGUCAGAUAGAACAUAAGAUAACUUAGAGGAAACAAGUUAUAUUUCCGAUAUGAACUUAGCCAUAUAAUCAAGCAAAGAAUGUUUCUUCUCUGUACCUCCUUCAAGCCUUUAAUUUCCCCCAAAAAAAAUAAAGGUUUUCUUUUU